AUGAUUUGGGCAAAGUUCUGGAUCUCGAUCUCUUUUAAUGGAAUCUACCUUUAUUCGUCCGAGUUAUUUCCCACUGUACUGAGAAACACUGGUCUAAGUACAUCCUCAGGCUGCGGCAGAAUUGACUCGAUUCUUUGUACCUAUAUCCUCUUUCUUGAACGCAUAAACCCUUUACUCCCAUAUGGAAUCAUGGGUGUAGUAGCUCUUGCUUCUGCCUUGCUGUGCACGCUGUUGCCAGAAACUCGUUUUAAGACCACAUUGGAAAAUACCGAUCAGACGAUUGAACAUGGCAGCUUUACGGACGAGAUAAAAAAGGAUGACAGAAAGAGGAUUUCAGCAAAUGAUGAAAAGUCACCCUUGCUCUCUCGUAUCCAGUGCUAACCAGUACAGAAUGUUUAACAGAAACCUGCUUUAAUAUGAUUAUAUUAAAAUCAUAAAA